AUGUCAAAAUUUUCAUCAUUCGAAGCAUCAUCAAGAGUUUUUCCCAAGAUGUCAUCAUCUGUUUCAACUCGACAGCAUUCAUUUUUAUCGCAAUUUGUGAUGAGCAUGACGAUAAUCAUUCUUCUCAUUGGCUUUUGCCCGUUUAUAUCGUCUUCACCAACAUCCAUUGAUCAUAAUAAUAAAAUCAAUUAUGAAUCAAAUGGACUUAUGCUUAAUCCAAAAGAUUAUCAAGGAACAUCAGCAACAGGUGAAUCAUUAUUAUUAUCACCGACCGUCCAACAUUCACUUUCCCAAUCGUCAUCAAUGCAUUAUACACAACCUCGCACGCAUGCCAAUCAAUUUUUAAUGUCUCAUAUUAAUGAUAAUCAUGUAGCUAUACCAAAAUGGUUUACAAGAUUUAAUAAUGAUGAUCAAACAAAUGAUAUCUAUAAUGGUGAUGAUGAAGAUUUAGAUGAUUAUCUUUCAUCGACUAUCUUAUUUGAUAAACGACCAAAAUUUAAUUAUAAAGGAAGAUCUUCAAGAAUAUACAAACGUAAACAAUUGACAAAACCACCGAUGGAAGUCAUGAAUGAAAUUGUCAAUUCAAUUUAUCUUAAACAUUAA